AUGUCAGUAUAUAAUCAAAGGAACCAUCAAACUCGUCUCAAUGAGUUGUUGGAUGCUAUCAAGUCUGAGUUUGACUAUGCAUUGAAUGAAGCCACCAGUUUCAAGAAAAUUGAAGAUGAGUACCAUUUAAAGUAUUCUCAACAAAACACCGAAUUGCAACAGAUUAGACAGACUGUUUAUGAAUUGGAAAUGGCCCACAGAAAAAUCAAAGAGGCUUACGAAGAAGAGAUUUUGAGGUUAAAGACUGAAUUGGAAAACAGGGAUAGACAGAUGAAGAACGGAUACCAACAGCAACCACCACCACCACAACAACAACAACCACAACAGCAACAGCAACAGGUGCCAUCGCAACCACAACAAGUGCAACAGCCACCUCAACCUCAACCUGUCCAACAACAUCAGCCACCUCCAAUUCAACAACAGCAGCCACCUGCUUCUGUUCCUAUACCACAACAACAGCAACAGCAACAGCAACAGCAACAACCAGGUCAGCAAGUACCACCACCACCAACUGGUGCUGCUGCUGCUACACAAUCACAACAAACCAUCCCAACACAAGCGUCACCCCUUGCUGCUCCCGUGGCAGCAACAGGUGGUACAUCAGCAGUACCUGCUUCUUCCACCGGUAAUGCAUUAACCAUCAUUGACAAGUCUCAGUACAUUGUCAACCCUGCUCAAAAAGCAGCCCAUGUCAAGGAAAUACCUCCAUUCUUGCAGGAUUUGGAUGUAUCCAAAGCCAACCCUGAUUUCAAGAAGCAAAAUCUCGACUACUAUGUGUUGUAUAAUCCAGCUUUUGCCCGUGAUUUAGAUGUGGAUUUGAUCCAUUCUUUAGACCACUCAUCGGUUGUUUGUUGUGUUCGUUUUUCCAAAGAUGGUAAAUUUAUAGCCACUGGAUGCAACAAGACGACACAAGUUUUCAAUGUUGAAACUGGUGAAUUGGUUGCCAAGUUGAUUGAUGACUCAUCUAAUUCAGAAACUAAAGAAGAUGAUACACCUUCAUCCAAUGGAGAUUUGUACAUUAGAUCGGUUUGUUUUUCACCCGAUGGUAAAUUAUUGGCUACUGGUGCUGAAGAUCGUUUGAUUAGGAUCUGGGAUUUAACAACAAAGAGAAUCAUUAAAGUCUUGAGAGGUCAUGAACAGGAUAUUUAUUCAUUGGAUUUCUUCCCCGAUGGAGAACGUUUGGUUUCAGGAUCCGGUGACAGAUCAGUUCGUAUUUGGAGUUGGAGAUCCUCCCAAUGUUCAUUAACAUUGAGCAUUGAAGAUGGCGUCACCACAGUUGCCGUUUCUCCCGAUGGGAAGUUGAUUGCUGCUGGUUCUUUGGACCGUACUGUUCGUGUGUGGGACUCAACCACUGGGUUCCUUGUUGAAAGAUUAGAUUCUGGAAAUGACAAUGGCAAUGGACACGAAGAUUCAGUUUACUCAGUUGCAUUUUCAAACACUGGCCAUCAAAUUGCUUCCGGUUCGUUGGAUAGAACUGUUAAAUUGUGGAAUUUGGAUGGAAAACUGGAUAAAAACUCCAGUUGUGAAGCAACUUAUAUCGGACACAAGGAUUUUGUCUUGUCGGUUUGCUGUACUCCUAAUAAUGAGUAUAUACUUUCGGGUUCGAAGGACCGUGGUGUCAUAUUCUGGGACCAAGCCUCGGCUAAUCCGUUGUUGAUGUUGCAAGGACAUAGGAACUCUGUUAUUUCAGUUGCUGUUUCUUCGAAUUUGCUGGCAACUGAAGGAAUCUUUGCCACUGGGUCUGGUGAUUGCAAAGCUAGAAUUUGGAAGUGGACAAGAAAGUAA